UCAAACAGGAAUCAACGCUUUAAAAAAGAAGAAGAUUGAUUGAUGGUACAAAGAAAAAACAAAUACGAUAAUUUGGACAAUACUAGCGAAUUGUUAUCGCCUCGUUAUUGUUGUCAUGCUUUUUUAUUCAUUUUAUUUGACUCCUGCAUUUUUGUAUUUUCUGUGAUGUCGUCUAUUUUGUCUUUGACUUUGUCUUUCUCUGUCGAUGUGACCUGUACUUGAAUAGUGAAUAAAUGGCACAAUUCCUAAAUUCCCCGAAGGAAAUUCCCGAGGGAUUCAUCUAUCUAUCUAUCUCAUAUAAAAGCAAAUUUUGCAAUGUAAAAAACCAAAUGGCUUUAAUGUUCAACAAAAUGGUAGACAGCUUGGUCUGGUGGGCUAACAGUUUGACAUUUGUAUUUUUUAUUUUUCUUUGUUUUCUGAAACAGUUUGAUAUAGUAAAUGAAUAUAGUUUGUUUGGAAUUAGAUGUAAUUAUCGGGUUGAGGAAUUGGGCGUAGUUUCACAAGGUCAAAUAAGGCUAAGACCCUCCGAUGUAACCCAAAAACGCUGGUUGGUUCGGCCCCGUUCUUAGGUUUAAACGUUUUCCUCUGUUUCAGUUCAUUUUACAAUUAAUAGCUUUCAUUUUACGCCGCUAGAUGCCACUCUUGAAACACGCUGCUCUCAAUGCCACAGAGGCUUCGCAUAACGGAGCGGUGACGUCGAAUGUCAACACGACGCAAACUUGUCCGUCGUAGCCAAUCAGCGUCCAGCCUCACGGACUCUUGUAAAGAUGGCGACGACGAGGCACAGAGGUGUUCAAAGUAAACGCUCUGCUUAUAACAAACACCGCUCGUCUGGGAACCACAGGGACUGAUACCACAGUGGCAGCGGACCUCUGUCGAACCCUUUGUCAGCGCCAGUACGCUGUUCGGCUCCGGGUACUUUCGUCCCGCGGCUGCGGUCUGUUGUUUUCGGUGUUACUGCAGUUGUUUCUCCGUCGGAGCAUUAGCAUCAAGUUGGGAGUCCAGCGCUAGCUGGGGGCUAACUGUGGAGCUCUGUCGGCUGAUUGGAUUUAACUGUGCGGCAUCCAUGGAUUGAAAGCCUGGCGUGAGGCGAACACUUGACAAUAAAAGUUUUUAUUCAUAUUGAAACUGAAAGACACAUGCAUCUCUCGGAUUAAAACUACUCCGGGUCGGGAAUAAGGGCUACCGACGCGCUGGCAUUGAAACACUGUUGGCAGUGACGAGACGCCGUCAUGUAUUUUCUCACCGGCUGGCCCCGAAGGCUGCUUUGUCCGCUGAGGAGCGAGGAAGAGCCCUUUCACAUCCAGCCCAGCUGCCUGAGGUUUUACUUCGCCGUGUUGUCAGAGACGCAGCUCAGCGUUUGGUUCAGUCGGCCCAGCGUUUUAAUUGUCAGCUACAUCGAGUCUGCAAAAGCAGCGGCCCAGUUUGGUUUCUACCAAAAGGCAGAAUGGAAACUGGACGACUCCAUGAUAGCUGUGGCGACUGCCAAAGGAUACAUCCUCCUCUUUGAUGUGCUCGGUAUACGAGAUGACAAGUACCUCUAUGAGCCUGUCUAUCUGAAAGGAAGUCCCCGUGUGAAAGUGACCCCGGGCUAUAAGGAGGAGCAAUGUGCCCCCGCUCUGUCACUGGAGAUGAAGAAGCCUGUGGAUUUGGAGGCCCCCAUCACCAGCCUGCAGUCUCUUCAGGAGGACUUACUGGUGUGUACGGCAGAUGGUUACCUCCACGUGCUGCACUGGGACGGGCUGGGCAACAAUGGACGUAAAGCCAUCUGCCUGACUACGAUCCCCUUCUCAUUGGACCUGCAGUCUGCUCGAGGUGGUCCUUCUCUGGACUUGGAGGGAGUGCAUAUCCGAUGCAUGGAGUAUUGUGUGACCUUGGACGGUUUUGCGGUGGUCCUCAGCGACGGUCGACUGGGUUUCAUCACACCUUUGAGCAACACCAUCACGGCGGAUCAGCUGCAGGGCGUCUGGGCCGCAGAUGUCACAGACGGCACCUGUGUGGCCGUCAACAACAAGUACAGACUGAUGGCCUUUGGCUGCGCCAGUGGCUCAGUGCUGGUCUACAUGAUCGACACCACAACGGGAUCCAUGCAGCUGUCCCACAAACUGGAGCUCACCCCAAUACACUACCCAGACAUCUAUAACAAGACGGGCCCAGUCAAGCUCAUCUGCUGGUCACCUGACUACAGUGUUGUCAUGGUAACCUGGGAGUGCGGCGGCCUAUCGCUGUGGAGUGUCUUUGGAGCUCACCUCAUAUGCACUCUGGGAGAGGACUUUGCGUUUCGUUCCGAUGGUACCAAGAAGGACGCCAUUAAAAUCAGCUCAAUGUGCUGGGGAGCUGAAGGCUACCACCUGUGGGUGAUCCCGAGCAGACAGGAGAAGAAGAGACAGGAAGAGCAGCAGGAUAUGGAGAUGGUGGAGCCCCCUCCCUCCUCCCUGCAGGCUGGUAUACUGCAGUUCCAGUUCAUCAAAAGUGCCCUCACGGUCAACCCCUGCACUAGUAAUCAGGAGCACGUGUUACUCCACGGUGAAGAUCGCCUUUACCUGACCUGUGGUGACUCCACACAGGUCCACAGCACAACUGACACACACCCGCACACACACCUACACCAGAGGGACGGCAGCCCCGUGCACCACCCGCCCAAACCCGACUCCUCUCUUUCUCAGGGACUCAGCACUUUACUGGGGCACAAGCACUGGCACGUGGUCCAGAUUCACAGCACAUACCUAGAGAGCAACUGGCCAAUACGGUUUUCAGCCAUAGACACAGGCGGUCAGUGCAUGGCUGUAGCUGGGAGGCGGGGCUUUGCACACUACUCCUUCUUUACAAGGAAAUGGAAGUUGUUUGGGAACAUCACUCAGGAGCAGAACAUGACGGUGACAGGAGGUCUGGCGUGGUGGAAGGAUUUUGUGGUUGUGGCCUGCUACAAUUUCACAGACCACCAAGAGCAGCUGAGGCUGUACCAACGCUCCACCAACCUGGAUAACGCUUUUGCGUCGGUCACCAAGCUGCACUCAGACACCCUGCUGCUCAACGUCUUCAGAGACAUGGUCAUCCUGUUCAGGGCCGACUGCUCCAUCUGCCUGUACAGCAUUGAGAGGAGGAAUGACAGUCCAAACCCGUCGGCCAGCGUAGAGCUGCUGCAGGAAGUGUCGAUGUCUCGCUACAUUCCUCACCCGGGCCUGGUGGUUUCUGUCACCCUCACGUCUGUGCGCACGGAGACCGGUAUCACAUUGAAAGCCCCGCAGCAGGCCUGCAUGGCAGAGAGUAUCAUGUUGAAUCUGGCUGGCCAGUUGAUCAUGCUGCAGAGGGACCGCUCAGGUCCUCAGGUACGAGACAAGGAGACUCCAGGGAACAACAAGAAGCUGCUACCAUUCUGCCCUCCGGUGGUGUUGGCCCAGUGUGUGGAAAACGUCUGGACCACUUGUCGCUCCAACAGGAAGAAGCGCCACCUGCUGGAAGCCCUGUGGUUAUCGUGUGGCGAAGCAGGCAUGAAAGUGUGGCUACCGCUGUUUCCCAGAGACCACCGCAAGCCCCACUCCUUUCUCUCCAGACGCAUCAUGCUGCCCUUCCACAUCAACAUCUAUCCUCUGGCGGUGCUGUUCGAGGACGCCCUGGUGCUGGGGGCCACCAACGAGACUGUGCUCUACGACGGGCUGCAGGGGUCCAGGGAUUCUCUGGAGGCCCUUUUCCCCUACUGCACCGUGGAGAGAACUUCCCAGAUCUACCUCCACCACAUCCUAAGGCAGCUGCUGGUCCGUAACCUGGGUGAACAGGCACUGAUGCUGGCUCAGUCAUGUGCCUCCCUCCCUUAUUUCCCCCACGUCAUGGAGCUAAUGGUACACGUGGUCCUGGAAGAAGAAGCCACAUCACGGGAGCCCAUCCCCGAUCCUCUACUGCCCACUGUGGCCAAGUUCAUCACAGAGUUCCCCCUCUUCCUUCAGACCAUCGUGCACUGUGCCAGGAAGACGGAGUACGCACUGUGGAACUACCUUUUUGCGGCUGUGGGAAACCCCAAGGAUCUGUUUGAGGAGUGUCUCAUGGCUCGGGAUCUGGACACGGCGGCGUCUUACCUCAUCAUACUGCAGAACAUGGAGGUUCCUGCGGUGAGCAGACAGCACGCCACACUGCUCUUCAACACGGCCCUGGAACAGGGCAAAUGGGACCUGUGUCGACACAUGAUCAGAUUCCUGAAAGCCAUUGGCUCGGGGGAGAUGGAGACUCCGCCCCCAACACCAACCACUCAGGAACCCAGCUCCACUGGAGGUUUUGAGUUCUUCAGGAAUCGCAGCAUCAGUUUGUCUCAGUCAGCCGACUCCAUCGCUACAGGAAAGUUCAACCUGCAGAAGACCUUCAGUAUGCCUGCUGGACCCUCGACCAAAGGGCGGGAUGUGGACUGUGCAGAAAACAUGUACAUUGAUAUGAUGCUUUGGCGCCACGCCCGCCACCUCCUGGAGCAAGUGCGGCUCAGAGACCUGGGGUGCUUUUCAGCACAGCUGGGUUUCGAGCUCAUCGGCUGGCUGUGCAGGGAGAGAAACCGCGUGGCCCACAUCGAUGAUUUUGUCUCGGCGCUGAAGAAGCUUCAUAAGGACUUCCUGUGGCCGUUUCCCGUCAUCCCCGUGGGCAGCUUGAGUUCUCCUCUGAAGAAUGGACGCUGUCGAGCAGUGUUGAGUGCACAGCUGUUGAAGUCACAGUCAGCUGACAGCUUGUUGAACAACAACAUGGACACAGCGCCCCCUGAGGCGGCUCCCACCAACCACUCCUGGCUGGAUGGGAUCAGUCAGGGCGGCAAAGACAUGGACACGGCCUCGUCGGCUCACUCCAACCAGCAUUCACCACAGACGCACGAUGCCUUCCUGUCACUGCUCACUAACAAAGUGGAAGAGUACAGCAUCGGCUCAGCCACAGACCUGACAGAGACCAGCUCAGUGGUGGACGGUGACUGGACCAUGGUGGACGAGAACUCGUCCACUCUGAGUCUGAGUCAGGCUGAGCUGGAGCACAUCUCCAUGGAGCUGGCCAACAAAGGUCCACACAAGUCGCAGGUGCAGCUCAGGUACCUGCUCCACGUGUUCAUGGAGGCGGGCUGUCUGGAGUGGUGUGUGGUGAUUGGACUGAUCCUCCGAGAUGCAAAUGUCAUUAAGCAGGUGAUUGGUUUCCUGGACAGUCCAGAGGUUCCACAGGAAACAGUGCAGAGCGUCAGAAAUGGUCUGUUGGCCAUCGACUCCUGGGCCUCCACUGACUGCCUUGGAUACAAACCAUUCUUGAACCUGAUUCAGCCACAGUUGCAGGAGCUGAUGGACACCGGGUCAGAGCAGGUGCAGCCCGAAGCCUUCCAGUCCGUUAGCCAGAGCUCCAAACUCACCUGCUCUGAAGGUCUGGGAGGAGUGGUCGUACCCCGACCUGAGGACAGCAGAGGAGUCACGUCCACGCUGGUCUUGGGACUGCCUUCGAUGGAACCUGCUGGAAGUUUUUCUCGUCCUCCCGAGGACUGUCCUCCUGAGCAGACAGAGGAGCAGAACGAGGAAGAAGGAUCUUAUGACUGCACCUUGUCCUGAACUUAGUCGCCUCCUCUGGACUCCACACCCCUGGAGGUAGAAAGAGGAGAGAGAGAGCAGCAAAAACAACAGCAAUGGACUGGAAAUAAACAUUAUUUUUGUGUGUGUAUGCGUGUGUGUGUGUAAGCGUGCACAGAAAGUACCUCCUGCAGGUUUUUACAGUCAGUAUUAUCCCCUUCAGUUCCCUCAACGUCGACUCAAGUCCCCUGUGGAAACGUAGUUACAUAAAGAGUGACGGAGGCGUCGGUCUGAGGUGGUCCUGGUGAAGCCACGUGAUUUUACUUACCUUUUUAAUUACCAAGACACAAUUUUUGUUUGUAUUUCCAGACGAGAAGCAGCAUUUGUUUCCUGCGGUGAAAUCAAACCCUGCAAACACGUUCAAAAAAACCAAGUAUGUGCGAUCAAAGCUACAUUAUUCAGUAAAAUGUGGAACAAGCCGUAAAGAGGUUUUAGGAAGUGCUGUCAUUUGCCUGAGCCGCGCACGAGAGGUCUUUCCUAUUUUUUUACCUCAAAAAAAUAUUUUUGUGAUAAAUUUUCCAAUGAUGUAACUGAAUGUACAGGAUAAGAUUAUUUUUCUAACAGUUACAUCUCGAGAUAGAAUACAAAAACGCUCAUGAUAUGAUUUGUGUAAUAAGAUGUAGGGACGUUAGUGCAGACACCUGGCCAUUCUCACCACAGGGUGCUGUUUUUAAAUGUAACAAAGUACUGUCAUUAGGGGGAGGAAAAAACAACUCUAAGAACAGGUCCUGAUGAUACUCUGUUGUGUUCACAAAGUCAGAGCACAACAGUCACAAUUUAAACCACACCGAGUCUUAAAAAAAA